AUUUCUGUUUUUCUACAAUCGCCCCAUAUCGACCAUUCACCCGGUGCUAUGCAACUCCUCCACACAUUCCUUGCAUCGAUAUGGGCUUUGCCUAAGCCUGAGGAUAAAGAUGUCCAGUCUUUUCUCGACCAGGUGGCAGGGGUUUUGAAAGCCCGCCAAGUAGUUCGGCAUCAGGCACUACACGAUGAGAGCUGUCCGAUUAAACAGGUUGACCUAAAUAACCUGGAAAAAACAAUACGUUUCGUCUUUGACAAGAAGAACCCUGACAGAACUGCCGGAAAACGAAGCAGCUUGAAAAAACUCAAGUGCAGAGACCUCAUCGCUCUAGGUUUGACUCUCAAGAUCAGGGAGCUGAACAUUUAUGGCGAGGGGGUGAUCGAGGAUCUCGUCACAGCCGGCCCGCACAUCGGGGGUAGGUUGAAUGGACGUAUCCUAUCCAACCCUAAGAUUUUCAAGCUCGUUACUGGCCUCGAGCUCGAGCUUAAAAGUCCAGCCUACGAAGAAUUCCUUUUAGGUUUCCGCCGUUUGUGGCUUGAACAAAAUGAACAUUCGGCGGGCGCAGAGCCACGAGGGACGAAAAGGAAGAAAAUCACAGCAGCAAACAGCCCUAGCGAGGACACUGUAACAGUCCGCAUUGCUAGUUCGCCAGAGCUCCAAGCAUCAUCCACCUGCCAUCCCCCAUCGUCGCCCGCCCUACCGUCAGAUGCGGCAUCAUCUCUGGGCAGCCCUACUGUCCAAUCAGUGUCCUAUCAGACCGAAUCGGCACCUUCACCCUCGAACAUGCUGACGGCCACCCCAGUACCUCCCUGGGAUCCAGUCACAUCAUCAUGGCCUUCGUCCCGCGCCCUGGAUACGGGAACUCAAGACCGCCUUCAAACCCCCCCGGCUGCGCACUUUGUCCUUACCUCCGAAAUCCCGCUAGUGUCCACCGAAGCUGCCCAACAAACAACCAACCAAGCCACGACUACCCCUUUGGAUAUCAUCAGGCUAGGCAACGAAUGGGGCAUAAACUUUAUGCAGCCUGGCGGAGAACUGGCUCCUGGCUUCUAUCAACAGGAAUUUUCCCCCCGACACUAUUGAUCAUGCAGUUCCUCCGUUUUGUACCGAACCGCCAUUAUGGCAAUUCCCCCAUCUGUCACGUGGAUACCGUCGUUUUCAUAAAGCUGGAGGAUGUCACCAGCCUGUAGAUUUAUGGGCUGCAAUUCGCGUUCUGGUGUGAUGGCUUU